UAUAUUUUCUUACAUAACUCUAAAAUCUCGGACUUGAUUCUUCAUAUUUUAUUAGUUAAUUGUGUUACAUAUAAUAGAAAUAUUUACUUCAAACUAAAAAUAUAAAAAAAAAUCAAAUUUAAAAAUUAGUUAAGUCAAGUUAAAAAUGAUAAAUGUAACAAAUUUAAAUAUAUUAUCCGCGCGUAGUGCGGAGAAAGGAUCUAGUCUGAAUAAUAAUAAAUUCAGUAUUUUUCUCUGUCAUCUGAAUAUUUACGAAGAAAACAAUUAAUUAUAAUUCAAAACCAAUACAAACAGACCAAUAAUAAAGUCAGUUUCUUUCUCCAAAGAUAUUUUCUGAUUUAAUAAUGUAAAAAAAAUUUCUGGUUCAAUAAUGUAAAAAUAUUUUCAAAAUAGUAGAAAUUAAUAUUUUGCCUAUUUUAAAUUUGAUUUUUUUUAAACCAGAGUGGAUAAAAAGAAGUCAUAUCCAUAUUGUUAGGGCGAACUGUUUACGAAAACGAGAAGUAAACAAUAAUAAACAUGAACAAAGAUCAAAAUUAGUUUAUUAUUGAUCAAUAGAGCAUGAAAUACAAUGUAUUAGACAAACUCUAGUUCUAUCCGCUGAACUCUAUAGUCGAAGUCUAGAAUAACCUCCCUUGUUCUAGGGUUUGGAUCUCUCGUACAUAGAUUAUUCGUAGUCGGAAAUUAGUAGAAAUAUUCCAUUUAGCCGGAGGCAUGAAUUUCUUUGUUCUAUUGGUUUGGUGGUUGCUACGAAGACGAUUUCUUUAUGCCCAUCAAAGAAUGAUGUGGGUAUGGAGCCGAGAUUUAUUAAGGCAAGAAUUGACAGAAGUCUAGAGCCGGGAUUACAAAAUUUAAUAACUCCUCUAGAAUUCUUUGCCCAAUAUUUAUUAAAUGAGACUUCUUACUUAUAUGAUUUUGUAAUCAUUUAUAUUUUAUCAUAACCAAAACCUUUGAACCAUGGAUCGCAAAAAUUUUAAUGUGAGACUUUUAACAGUUUUAGUAAUUUAUAGUCGUUUUAAAAAAUCAAAAUAUAACAUAUACUGAAAAAAUUAAAUUUUUAUUAUAUGGUUAAUGUAGUUGUUUAAUUUAUUUUAUUAAUUUAAAGUAAACGAAUAUGAUAGAGAAUACACUAAUUUUUUUAUCAAAUCUUUAUUAUUUAAAAUCAUUAAUUUUUAUAUAUAUUUUAGCCACAUUAAGAAAUUCCGUAAUUUUUAUUUAAAGAAAGAAUGAAAAACAUUAAUAACAAAUUUAUGUUUAGUUUAAUAAAAAGCUUAUUAUAUAUUUAGAUGUACCAAAAUAUUUUUCUAAGAAUUUUAAAACUCAUUGUAGUGAUGCACGUGGCUACCACAAAUAUUGUAAUUCUUCUAUUUUAAUAUAUUGGGGAUAAACAUGAAUAAAUGAUUACAUAAACAUAUAUGAUAUGUUAGCAUAGAGAAUACAAUCGAUCAUAAAUCAUAGAAAUGUUACCACUAAUAUAAGAAUCAUAUUAAUGUUGCACAUGCCCACACCGUCCACCUAGUUUUAUUAUAAAAAUAUUUACACAAAUUUUGGUCAGUAUGAGACAUUUAAAAUUUUAAUUAUAUUAUUCAUUUUAAAUCAUUGAAAAUAAAAUCACUGCAAAACAAGUUAAAAUAAAUCCAAAUCAUUCAGAAUUCUCAAAAUUUUAACCCACCUUAUAUAAAUAAAUAAAAUAAAUCAUACGAAAAAAAUUGAACAUAAAUUUUAAAUAAACUUAAAAUAUAUAAAUUAUGUAUAAAUUUUUAAUAAACCAAAUAAAUCUCGGACAGCGCGGAUCUAGUUUUAAAUUAUUUUCCGUCAUUUUUCUGAUACGUCUAACCAACGUAUCUUUUUUUUUGUAAACUAAACCAACGUAUCUUCUUCUCCAUUAAAAUAAUUUUGUUUGACAAAUCUUUUUAUUUAAUAAUUUGCUCAAUCCUCAAGACUGCAAUAAUUUUCAACUUUACAUCAAAGCCCUGAGCUGUUUCUUCUAAAAGACUAAGAUCAAACCAAGAUCACAAAAUCCUCAGGAGAUCAGAUCUUGCUGUCUCAACAUCAUCAUCAGGAGAGAAUCUCUUAAAGAAAUAUAAUACAAUUAGUUAAGAGCAUCAAAGCUUUUUGAUGGACGAUUGUCGGGAGAAAAGAAGACGCUGUACGAAACUAAGAGUAAGUACUGAUAACAACGACAUGGAGAAGAUGAUGCAUAGAGAAAUUGAGAGACAGAGAAGACAAGAAAUGGCUUCUCUUUAUGCUUCUCUUCGUUCUCUUCUCCCUCUUCAUUUCAUUCAGGGUAAGCGUUCGACGUCAGAUCAAGUGAAUGAAGCGGUUAACUACAUAACGUAUUUAGAGAAGAAGAUCAAGGAGCUGAGUUUGAGGAGAGAUGAGCUCAUGUUACUGUCUAGAGGAACCCCCUUGGAUGAUUCGAAGGAUGAGAUGGAGACAAUGAAUCAUGUGGUGGUUCGUCAGUGUUUGGUGGGUGUGGAAAUAGUGUUUAGCAGUCGCUCCUGCCGUGGCCAACCGCGGCUUUCGAGUGUUCUUCAAGUUCUUAGUGAAAAUGGUCUCUGCCUUCUUAACUCCAUCUCCUCUAUUGUUGAUGAUAGACUGAUUUACACUCUACAAGCUGAGGUAAAGUUAUCUUACUCCUAUAAAACUUCAGCUAUGCCGAUUUGCGUUUGCAUUUACAUGUUACAAUAUAUAUAAUUUUCAACUUGCUACUAAAACAUAGCAAUUUUUAGUUUUCAUUUAAUACUUUUACAAAAUGAAAGAAAUUUUUUUUUUCUGUUUUCCGUUUUGUAUUUAGUUAAUAUUAUUACGUUCAUUAAAAACUACAUGUUAUGGGUUCCUUUAUUUAAAGAUUAACACAAUUUUAUAACAUGUCAACUGAAACACAGAAUUUUUUUUUGAAGUCAUAUAUAUAUAUAUAUAUAUAUAGAUACCCAGAUUGAUAUGCAUGAGAUUCAAGAAUAUACUAUCUUACGCAUCCAAUAUGUGUAAAGAGAUUAAUCAUAACUACUGUGGUUAUAUUUAUUUCAAGAAUACGUUUACACAUGUCACAUGUGGUAACAGUCUUUCGGCCGCACUUUUUAUGUAAUAUAAAUCCCAGCCUUUGUGUACGAGCAUACAACACUAUGCAUAAAGUUUAUGAUAUGUUCGAGGGUACAAUAAUAUGGCUAGUUUUGUUUGCAGGUCAACGAUUCGAACUUGAUUGACUUAUCAGAACUGGAAGAGAGAUUAACCAGAAUGAAGUAAAUGGUUUUUUCUGUUUGUUAAAUGAUAUUCUGAGUGAUGUACAUGGUUGUUGAGUUGGUUUCUCUUAACUUGUCAAGCAACAACUAAUAUAAAUUACGUGGUUAGUUUAUUUGUACUUGUAUUGUUGUGUUGUGUUCACUUUGCAUCUAUUUGACUAUAUGUAUGUAUUUAUCUUCUUCUUCUUUUCUCAAAUGUAAAUAUCAUUUCAUAAAUGAAGUUAAGAUGUAAGCAACAAAUAUAAGACAUUUAGAUUUGGUUCCAUUGCAAAAAAGGUAAAAAAACAUGGAAGCAAAAACAAUGGAUAUCUUAACCAUUUUUCUUGAGAGCGAAUUGAACAUGACUAAUAGUAGCGCUACAAUCUUGAAUAAUUUGAGUUGGAGGUUGAACCGAGCCAGGGAAAAAAAAGGAAGAGACCCAAAGACAAUCGAACGAGGUACACAACACUAACAAGAAAUUGAUUCAUCUGGCUUCAUGAAUUCCUCAAAAGAGUAGAAACAAGCCUGCUCAAGGACCGUCCUCUAGGUCAGAGCUGGGAAAACGAUUUGAACUAAGUUCCCACAAACGACAAGAUAACACUAACCACAUUAGCUUAAUAGUGCUCAACUGGUUCAACCACACUUGUCCACUAAACCGGUAAAGAGCAAGAAAUUGAGGUAACUGAUAUGACCGACUAUAUACUUUCAUUAUUUAUUCUCUUCCCAAACAAUUGAAUAUGACCGUUGCUAUGAUAACAAAAUCAAAGAGACGUAUCAAGACAUAAAAGAGUCCACGAUAUAUAUUUAUGUUUUCGAUGGUUCUUUACACCAUAUAUAAGCUUUUGAACUUUCUCCUGUAUGUUCAUUUCGACAACAGAAUUUAUCAAUAUAAAUAGUCAAUAAAAAUGUUUUCCCAUUGUGAACUUAACUAAAUUGUUUGUGUUAAUACCUAACAAACCUAAACAAGAAUUAAAACGUAAUAUGGGGUUUUGCUUAGUAAUGGCAUAAAAAAAAUGUGAUAUCUGGAAAAGUGGAAUCCAUGAGCAGGCUGGGAUAUUUUGAGAUAGAAUUGAAACAGCUGGUCUCCAUCUAUUAAAGUUAGGAUCUUUCUUGUCUCCUCUUUCAUUCUGGUUCCAAAAUUGUCUGAGCUGUCUCAUCUUUUAACUUGUUCCACUCCACUUCACUCAUGCUAUCUAUUUAUACUUUAUUUAUAAUACUUAACUUGUCUUCAUUGACGGCAGUUUUACUAACUUGUCUUCAUUGACGGCAGUUUUACUGUGUAAGUUUUUAAUAUUUCGACUUAAAAUUAUUGUGAGAAUUUUUUUAAUCAUAUAACCAUUGCAUUACAUACAAGCACGUCACACUGAGGUACUGGUGUUUCAAAUUAUGCCAAUUCUAUUAAUUAAUAUGAUAUUAUCUAUUUUGGUCCUUUGAUCAAAAAAAAAAUCUAUUUUGGUCCUAGAUGCUAAACUAUGCACGAAUUUGCUUUUGGAGUUCUCCCAAAAAACUUUAUACUAAUUAGAAUUGGAUAUUACAUAAAUACUAUCAAAAAUUUGUUCGGUGAUUUUUUUAUUUAAGUAAAUGUUACUUCCUUUGUUUUUUUAUAUUAAUUUUUAUGUUCUAAACUAUAUGACGUUUUUCGUUUUUUAUGUAAAAUUUAUUAACAUUUAAUGUUAUAUGACCAAUGAUAAUAUACCUUCUGUUUUAUUAUUGGUUGAUUUGAGGUUAUGUAAAUAAUUAAUGAUGUUUUUGUUUAGAAAAUAUAAAAAAUUAAUGAUUUCUUAAUCUAUGUGCAUAAUUCUAAAAUGACUUAUAUUAAAAAAUGGAAAGAGUACAAGUUAUGUAAUUUUCCCUUUUUCUUUGUUAUCUAUCGGACUGAUUUAAAACUUGAGAAUUAUAUACAAGCCAAUAAGGAAUACAUUCAACGAGGCAACCAGCUUAUGUUUUAGUAUUUCCUUCUUUUUAUCAAAUUUCUGGUUAUUAUAUAAUUACCAUUUUGAAUAUUAUAUAAUUACUGGUUAUUCUUUAAAUAUCACCAUUUUGAAACCUGUCUCUUUUGGGGUGAUUACUCUUUUAUGCCCUCCCGGGAACACAUACUUCAAAAAAUUAGUACCGCCUUGUCCAACGUACCAAAUCCUCAAAAAGCUUUUGCUGACCAAGCUAAGUCGAAGGAACGAUGCUAUUUACCGGUGGAUAUAUACAUAUGGAUGCAUAAACGUAUACACAUGUUCGCAAACAAUAAAUAAGUAUACAAAUGAAAAACCGUAACUCGAUUUGUAUAGUGUACAAGAACCUCUCAUUGACUCGUGCAGUUAACGAGCUAAAGACUUCAAGUCCUACGAGGCUACGACCAAACAUACGAGCUAAAGAUGUAUUCGAGAGGUAGCUGACUACGAAGAGAGGCAUAAAGGAUGGCCAUUUCUUGUCUUCUUUGCCGUUUGAUGUUGCGAUGAAGAAGCUUCUUCUCCUUCUUCUUUUCAUCUCUUUGUUGAGACAUACGACUCUGGCGCCUUGGUUUUUUUGAAUUAUUACAAGGAUCCAUGAGUUGAGAGGUUUAGCAAUAGCAGAUCUCAGUAGGAUUCGUGUUUUCUUUCACUCUUUUUUUUAAUUAACUUGUCAGGUCUUAUAAUAGACUGCCCUUACGUAACUGGGCCUGUCUUUUUUAAUCGUAUUUCAUAGAUUAGAAAAAUAACAAAACUAGUUGGAGUUGUUCUUUUCUUUAGUAUAUUUUGGUUUGAUGUACUAUAUAUUUAUUAUUACAAUUCCAAAAUGGAGUAAUGGUUAGAGUUACACCAUUUAUGGAGUAAUUUUACCCAUUACUCUUUAUUUUGGAGUUAAUUUUUUUUUAUUUAUGAAAAAUUCUUUUAAUUUUUUAAUGUUUUAUUUUUUUACUUAAAUAAUAUUUAAAAUAAUUUAAUAACAUGAAAAAUAAUAGGAUAUUCCGCAAAUGAUUAUUUAAUAGUUUUAGAUAAAGAUGCAUAAACAUUAAAAAACAUAAAUAAUAUAAAUAAAGAUACCAUAAAAUAAAUAAUUUAAUAAUCCGGCAAAUCGCUUCCGGUCGGUGAAAUACUGUCCAAAUGAAGAAGAUUUAGAAGGAGCUUCUUGAUCUUGUGAUUCAGGAUUUCGCUUUGAUAUCCCAAUUUUGGACUAUACAGUAGAUAUUUUAGAAUAUAAAUUCUUAAACAAAGAUCAUCAAGCAAAAAAAAAAAAAAAUCAAAUUUGGUGUAGAAACUACACCAAAUUUAGUGUUUUGGUGUAUCUCCAACUAGGGCUGGACAAAUAAACUGAACCCAAAAACUCGAACCGAAUCCGAUCCGAUAAAAAUGAAUUCGAACCGAUCUAAACCCGACGUAAAUACUGAAUGGGUCUUGUUUUGUGGUAUUUCAGGUUAUAGGUAUUAUCCGGACCGAACCCGAAUCUAAAUGGAUAUCCGAUAGAACCCGAAACAUUCAAAACCUCGAAAAAAUCUUGUACCAAACAUGAUCUCAAUUCCUAAUAUGUAUCCAAAAUACACUAA